AUAAAGAAUAAUAACACCUCGCGUUUGCUCAACAAAAAUACGAAGAAUUACUUGAGUAUUUCCAGAGGUGUGUGUUGUUUCAAACUCAAGGAGAAGCUACGAUUGAGUCGUGUCUGGGUGGCAUCGUCGAAUUCGGCUGACUCGUUCAUUAUUGGAUGGCCAUUUUGCAACUACCUCGUGCAUUUCAGAAGCCGUACUGAGAAGGAAGAAUGGUUUGAGAUGUUCUCCUAUUGUGUGCAACAAUGUUUACGACCUCUCUCCACUACAAUAACGAUGGACAUCAACGUUCGAGGCAGGAAGCAGGUUAUUCGUCGCCGCGUCGAUAACGGCAAGAAAAGCGGUGAAUUGGUAGUCGAAACGGCUGCUGAUCUUGGCUUAUCACAUACAUCAUACGAAUUAAGGCUUUUUGUAGGUGAUGGAACUGUCAAGUCUUUACAGGGCCCGGAGAAUGUCUACGUGGUGAUAAUGAGCGAAAUUGAGAGACAAGGAAUACGGUUGUCGGAAAGUCAACGACAGUCGUUGGAUGCUUGUCCGAUAGCGAACGCACGACUCAUGCUCUCCAAUAUCAAAUCGUCGAAGAGUUCUGCCAUGCAGAUCGUCAACAGCAUCAAGAGACGUGUGUUACAUCGCUCGGAUCCUCGAGGGAUUUUUGGACGUGAGCUAGAUGGUCCAACACCACCACAAUCAGUGAUGAGCAUCAUCGAUCAUUUGCGUUUAUAUGGUUACGAAACGGAAGCGAAGGUUUAUCCACUGCAAUCUAAACAGGUCUUUACCAUAGUUAAGUGGGCAAAUCACAUUAUGGUAGACUACCUAAGAAGUAUCCCGGGCAAGAUUCUGCUAAGCGGCAAUUAUGACUUAUGGAUCAGAGAAGUUGUGGAUGAGCCGAAUCAUGAGAGAAAGAUCGCUGCUUGUCGUAAUCUCCUUAGUUUGCUUCCGACUUCACACUGGAUUCUUCUGAGAAAUCUACUCAAGCUACUCAGUAUGAUAGCCGGUUCUCCCAGUUCCAAGAUGAGUGCUUCGGCGCUAUCUGUCUGCUUAGCACCAAGUUUUCUUGAUCCGUCUGAUCCAUUAGAAAGCGGAAAGAAGAUCCCAUUACUCAUCGAAUUCCUGAUUCUCAAUGCCGUCGAGGUGACGCCUCCAGGAUUCAGUACUGACAAUGUGUUUUCCAUUCUAAGUUCGGUAUGCGUCGACCAUAACGCUAACAAUUUGUAUAGCCCGGUACCGACGUGUUCGGACGACGACGGAUCACAACGAACUCCGAUAAUCGAGGAAAUGGGAGGUGAGGUGUCGACAGUGAAAGCAUAG